AUGUACUACAACAACUUUGAGCUGGGCACCAUGGCACUGAAGCGUCACCCGCUGUAUAUGUCCUUGUUCCGUUUCCUGGACGAGGAGGAGCCGCGUGGAAUCAUGCGGUACCGCUGGGGUGAUGCACCGAUUCACACACUUGGCGUUGAGGUUGUACUACGCCGAGAAGGAUGGAAGAAAUGCCGGUUUGACAAGCGCUUUGCAGAUUAUGCGCAUGGGAAAAAUGUGCCCUGA